AUGAAAAAUUUGCUUCUUUUGGUCAGUUUGGUGACUGCAAAGAGAACCAGAAAUUCAGGUCACAAUGGCAAUAGUCGUUUUCAAAAUGGAAAACGACCAAAUAUUAUCAUUUUCGUGCUUGAUGAUCAAGAUGUUCAACUCAGAUCUCAAGAUGUCAUGGUGAAGACUCAAGAGCAUCUGAUUGAUAAGGGUGUUAAAUUCAACAAUGCAUUCACAACAACACCAACCUGCUGUCCUUCGCGUAGCAGCAUGUUAACCGGACUUUACGCUCACAAUCAUCAUGUGAUGACGAACAAUGAAAACUGCACAGGAGCUGAGUGGAUUGAAAAGUUUGAGCCUCGGACAUACGGUGCUAAACUUCAAGAAAAAGACUACAAGACUGCUUUCUUUGGCAAGUAUCUCAAUGAAUACAAUGGAACGUACGUCGCAGAUUUUGAUAAAGAGAAAAGAAGUGGACUGCAACUGCACAGCUUCGGUGACAAGCCCGAAGAAUAUUUCACAGAUGUCAUCGUUGAUAAUGCGCUUGAGUACUUCGAGACACACGCCGAUGAUGCCGAGCCUUUAUUGAUGGUUUUGAACUUUCCAGCUCCUCAUGGGCCGGAAGAUGCGCACCCUGACUAUCGUCAUGUUUACGACCAGCCAAAUGAAUUUCAGCAGGGAAUUCUCGGCGCCCACAGGGAUCUGGUUUUCAACAAAACCAGCUGGCAGCCCGGCGAAAAACAUUGGUUCAUAGCGUCGCAGAAAGAAAUGAAUGAAGACGAUGGUCAUUUCACAGACUUGCUACAACGAAGACGACUUCAAACCCUUUUUUCCGUUGACAAUGGCAUCGAAAGUAUCAUGAAGGCCGUCGAAGCAAGAAAUCAGAUGGACAAUACUUACUUUAUGUACACAUCCGACCACGGCUAUCAUCUUGGCCAAUUCGGAGUAGUCAAAGGAAAAGCACUUCCGUACGAUUUCGAUAGUCGUAUUCCAUUCUACAUGAGAGGACCGUCUAUUCCCCGAGGAGAGUUAAGAGAAGAAAUCGUUCUCAACAUCGAUUUGAUGCCUACUAUUCUUGAUAUUGCUGGAUUCAAGAAAGAGGCAGAACGAGAUCUUGAUGGAACAUCGAUUCUCAAAGUUGCUAAAGGCACACAGGAUCCAAGAAAAUGGCGAAAAUACUUCCUUAUUGAGCGAGGCAAAUUCCCCAACAACAUGCUUUUCAGCAAACCAAACAAGCAAGAGUACCUUUCUCAGCUUUGCAGGAGGAAAAAGAUGCAAACACCCAUCGAUGGUCAAUCUUGCCAGCCAAAACAAACCCAUUACUGUACAAAAGAAGGCGACGAGUGGAAAAUCUCAAAGUGCAAAAACCCACCAAAAUUGGGAAUUACCUUGUCUGCCGAUGGAAAGGAGUUCUGCUGUUGCUACGAAUGCUACAAAAGACAUCAAGCUCAUUGUGCUCGCAGAGCGCGCUCGCGAAGAGCUAUAUUUAGCCCAGCGCACUUUCCAAUGACCUUCAAGUCAAAUUUUUGUGAUGUUCCCCAAAAAAGUUGCACCUGUGAAAAGCGUCAGAAAACAACAUCUUCAAAGCAUAUCUCUUCACCACAGCGAAGAAAAAAUCCUGUAAAUCAGAUGAAAAACGAGCUUGACAAGGAAAGAUCACAGUACAAAGAUAUGAGAGAUUUCCACAAGAGCAUUCGGAAUCAGCAUAAUAAGCGUGGAAAACGAAAAGGUGGCGACUGCAAACAACGAGGAAUGGCUUGUUUUACUGUUGAUGAUCAGACCUUCCAGACCCACCCGAAAUGGGAUCGCGACGAGCAAUGCUACUGUAUCAAUGCUUCCAACGGAACAUUUUUCUGCCUUCGUCAUCUGUCACAAGAGGAAAACGAGAGGGAAAACUACCUGUAUUGCGAGUUUAUAACUGGCGAACAAGAGUUUUACGACCUUGAGACAGAUAAGAACGCAGAGUUAAACCUUUGGAAUCUUGAUGAAGAGACGAUUCCCGACAGUCCCCUCAAAAGCAGACCGGGAAAGUUCAACAAGCUCAAGGAACGACUGCCGGGAUUAAAAGAUAAGCUUUUCAAUUGCCAAGGAACGAAAUGCAAGGAAGAGAUAGAAUAUGGAAAUAGAGCCUUUUCCAAUAGACGAUCUCGAAAUAAUAAUCGAAGAAGUCUGAGACGCAAGAACAUCGGGGCAAAUCCUCAACAGAGCACAAGUAACCACAGGAAUUGUUCAUUCUUCAGAGAAAAAUCCCGCUCGUUACAUAAAAUGGCAACGUCGUGUGGGGAGAUUUAUCAAUCAGGUUGUAUGACAACUGGUAGAUAUUAUAUCAGAGUCGGCAAUAGAAGAAGAAUACCGGUACUUUGUGACAUGGACACAGAUGGAGGUGGUUGGACUGUUGUUCAUUCACACGGUGUUAGACAUCCAGAAGAAUUUAGAUGCUACAAAGAAACUUCGGUAGAUUCCCCGACUUUCGAAGGGAGAAAAUGUCGUCGGGCAGUUGGACAAGCAAAUUGGAACUCGACCUGGGAAGAGUACAUUAUCGGCUUUGGAGAGAUCCCAAGUGCAGAAGGAAGAAAUGAUUUCUGGCUUGGUUUGGAUAAUAUCUUCGAGUUGAGCAAUGCAGGGAGAGGGACUGAAGCUAGAAUUGAACUCUAUAACUGGGGAGGGGAGCGAAGCUGGGCAAAAUACGGAACUUUCAUGGUCUCUGAUAUCGAUUUUGGAUAUCGACUGACUGUGAAGAAUUUCGAAGACAACAAGGACCUCCCUGUUCACGAUGCAUUUUCUGGAGUGACGGAAAAUUUCCUUUGCAGAGGAAGAAACUGUCCAAACAGAAGGGAGAACAGACAAAACUCAAAGCAGAAUGGGCAAAUGUUCACAACGAAGGAUAGGGAUAACGACAAUUACUGCAGACCAACAGCCAUCAAACGCGACGGAUCGCCCGAGUAUAAGGAAGAAGACAAGGCUUGUGAGAUGACUCAUUCUAAUACUAACUGUGCGAUUGAGGAACAAUCAGGCUUCUGGUUCAAUUCUUGCUCCGCUGUUAAUCUGAAUGGGCCGAUCUAUAGAACAAAUCCAGAGCGUGAAAGACAGAAGGCUCUUCCCGCGGGAAUGAUUUGGGCUACUUGGCAGAAGCAGACAAGUCUCAUGUUUUCAAGUAUCAAAUUGCGACCGCGAAACUUUAAUUCCUGA